UAUUCCAUCGCUAAAAGUCGAUAAUUUGACUUUGAACCGAUAAAGUGAAAACUAAAUGAAAAUAUCAUCAUUCUCCACAGUUUUGGAUAUUUGGCACUUUUAAAAUAACAUUUAUGGCGGAAAAAUUACCGGCUACACACCAGUCUAAACCCUUCCCAGGAUCACUUACUCCUGGUUGGAAUGAUCCACCCUUUUUGAAUAACGUAACUCAACCACAUGGACGUACUCGAUUGAAUCUCAAUAAGAGAGUAGCAUUUCCGGUGAAUUCCACAUCUAGUUCCAUAUCAGUGGAUAGAACUAUAGUGUCUACAAGUUUGGGGCAAGGAAAAACAUCCGCGGUAGGCGGCCAUCCACCUCCUCCAACAGGAACAGCAACGGUGAAAAUGCAAAGAUUUAAUGAAAAAAAUACUGAAAAACUUCCAGAUGAUACGGAUAGCGUUAAUAAACACCAUGACAAAAAUUACCAAUAAAAAAAUAUCCACCUUUUACUGUAAAACCGCAUAAGAUCAUCUGAAUUUUUAAUAUUUUCCGGCGAUCUUAACUUUUUACAUCAUUUCACAUUUUAGAGGUUUUAUACCGGGUAGAUAACCAAUCCUUUAUACAUAUAUGUAAAUAACAGUCUUGAUAGUCAACUAAUAAAGAUAUAUACAUAUAUGUAUA